AUGGAAGCCUACUACCCUUCCCAACACACUCACCAAUUCCCUCUCAGUCAACCCCCAGACUGCCCUCUUUGCCCCAACACACCUAAACGCAGCAGAGUUGAUCCUGCGAAGCGUAGCGCUACCGCUGGUCGUCCCUACUACUAUUGUCAAGCCGACCACAAGCGUCAGUUCAUCACCUGGGAUGACAUGGUGGGCAUUUCCUCUACCAACCCUCGAUGCCGAUGCGGUCAUCGCAGCCGACGAAACGAAGGCAAUGGACCUGUGCCAAGUGCAUGGUACAAUUGCUCUUCACGACGAUGUUCCUUCAAUCAGAACAUCGACGACGAUGAGAGCGAUGCGUCUCCUCACUCCAGCCCAUCAAGCUGGAAGGGUAGUACCGCUUCUUACACCACCGCCGGGUAUGUAUCACCCCGAAAUGAGAAGACAGGCGAUCUAAUAGUAUUCAGUUCAACAUACAGUGGGCAUGGCAGGAAGAUGUCCGCUGGAGAGGGAAAAGACAGCGGACUUCUUGACAAGAUGAAUGCUAUGACUAUCAAGAUUGAGCAGCUUGAGACUAACCUUGCCUCUCGGUCGUCUGUCACUGGAAGGUCUUUCGACGCCAACUGUUCUGUUCAUGGGCAUGGACGCCGGUCGCUAUUUGGCCGUCGCCGCUGCAUCUGUGAUUAG